AUAGGAUGAUUUGAACUACGUCAUCAGUUCAAAACAUUGUCACGUGACCCACGCUUUCCCUCCAUUGUAGCGGCUACGUUCAAGGCUGUAGGACGUAUACACAAACGAAAUGGCUGGCGGUAAAGCAGGUAAAGAUUCUGGAAAGGCUAAGGCGAAGGCCGUUUCCCGUUCAGCAAGAGCAGGACUACAGUUCCCAGUGGGCCGUAUCCACAGACAUCUGAAGAACAGGACAACCAGCCACGGGAGGGUAGGAGCCACUGCCGCUGUCUACAGUGCAGCCAUCCUAGAAUACCUCACAGCAGAAGUGUUAGAGUUGGCAGGCAAUGCUAGUAAAGAUCUUAAAGUGAAGCGUAUCACACCCCGUCACUUGCAGUUGGCCAUCCGUGGUGAUGAAGAGUUGGAUUCACUCAUCAAGGCAACCAUAGCUGGUGGUGGUGUCAUCCCUCACAUCCACAAGUCGUUGAUUGGAAAGAAGGGAUCCCAGAAAGCCUCAUAGUGUCUAGGCAGCCAUAAUCUACUAUAACAUGCACACUCCCUUGUACAUAUCCAUGGUCUGGUCUCGGUGCACAGAUAGUGGAGAGGGGAGAGGCUGACAGUUCAUGGGGGCAUCACCAAGCCUUUUCAAUGCUUGUGGAACAAAUGACAUUCCUUUUAAAUUAGUACCAAAAUGAAACAGUGUAUCAGGCAUUGAAAAUGAUUUUGUGAGAAAGGAUGGACUGAGAGUAGAUGACUCUGACGUUUUAGUCUCAUUUUAUUAUUUAGAUGUUCUAUGUCAUGUUCGUGUCUUUUUUCCCUAGGUAUGUUGACUGUAUCUGUGAGGAUUAGGAAAACUAGCAAAAAAGGAAAUACAUCCAUUUUUAUUAUUCAUUCAUAUUGACACUGUAGAUUGUAAAAUAGUUCAACUGUAUAUCCAAUAAAUUUUGUAAAAUUUUU